UACAACAACAGUAUUCUAUAAUAAAAUACGCAGGUUGCUACGGUAUUACGCCAAUAUCACUUUGCUUAUAUAUCUGUCCAUGGAUUGAGCUAAGAGUGUCAAGUGGUCCCCUCUGGUGCUGUGGUUACGCACCGAGCAGAUGAGCCAGUGGUCACCGAUACGAAACCUACCAAGAACACGUUAUCCUGUACCCGACGGAACCCAGUCGGGUAUGUUAAAUGUGUUGAUAUGUCUUUUACACAAUUAUUCUCACCAAUACUAACAAUUGGACUUUGGGAUGGUGACUCGUAAAAUAAAAAUAAAAAACACUUGCAAUUGGCGUCGACAGUGGCGUAGUUCUGAUGACUUUGACUUCGCAAGCUUUGAAGACGCACCACAAGACAUUCGCCUCACUCCCUGUCAAAUGUAUACAUUAGUGCCUCCAGCCAUGGUAUCAACACCAAGAUGUUUGGUUUUCCAGGCGCUCUGCAAAAACAUCGAUAUGAUCACCGCGAUGCAAUCAUUCCACAGAAGCUACUGGGUAACACAAAUCAGAUAGUUCUCUGGCCUUUGUCAGGUCCAGGCCUCUCGGAAAAUGCAGUCAUGUGUACUAAAGGGGAUUUUUUUUAAUAUACUUAAGAUGUAUCUGACAGCUCAGCGAAGAACGAGCCGUAAAAAUUGUGUAGAUACAAACACCACAGGGUCAUAUAAGAGUUUGUCGUCCAGGUUGCUUCCAUUUGACAAAGACAAAAAGAGGAAAGGUUUCAACACAUUUAGCGUUGAGUGUAUAUAUUUGAAAUUGGCGUUUGUGCUAUACAGAAUGCAAGCGAUUCGCUCAUUUGGUAAUAUGCAUCAAAUAUAUUUUUUAACAUCAACGCUUUAGACCUCAUACUAAACCUUGGAGAAUAAUCAGAUAUCUUCGCCUUCCUUAUUCAUAUCAGAUUCUUUUGCUGCCACGGAUCGUUAUAGAUCAUAGGAAUGUUUAAGGUUUAUUGCCAUGAUUGCGAAGGGAUGCUACGCAAAGUGAAAGACACAUGCAACGACUUCUAUUUAAGGACCAGAAGUAAGAUUAUACACUUCUAGCGCACAGAGUGCAAAUCAACGCCAAUGCGGGCCAGUAGGUACAAAUUUCGAUAAACGGCUGAGGUCACCACUGAGAAAUUGAUGUCUUAGUCCAACCGCAUUAGGACUCCAGACUAUUUCGUCUCAACGGGUGAAAUUGGUGAAGGCUCGUCAAGUUCCCAGGAAAAAAGUGACGAUUUCAAAAAAAAAAAAUGGACCACAAAUCGUAAAGCUCCUAGCAACACUUUGGGCGCGCGAAACCACAGCGUCACAGCUAUAUGAGAAUAACGUCUAUGAAGCACGCCAUACUCCGCGUGAGCUCAAUAUUGCCAAGUUUCAGGUUGCCGUACUACUUUAGAUCACGAUGCAAUCCACGAUUGGUAUGGUAGAACGCAAUGCCGCCUUAAAAUUCGUAAAAAUAGCUACUAAAUCAAACACCUUCAGUCGAGACGAAAGUUUCUGGAGGCAUUGCUCAGGUUCUGCUCCGAAUCUUCACGAACAAGAUAGAGUGUGCUCGUUCGGUACACAGCAACACAGAACAUCAUGACAUUUAAAGUUGUAGGCACUUCUCUUUGUGGCUUUUUGCGCAUGGCAGCGGACAGGAUACUUGUUCAUCCGUUUCCAAACGGUUUGUUUUAAGCGCUACGAUGCGACCUGUUGUCAGGCCACCAGCCUUGCAUACAAGUCCAUAUUUGUCCCCACCGACCUUUUCCACCUAUUGAUAGUUAACGACUGAAACAGGAGAAAACAUCUCUUAAAGUAGAUUCUCCCAAGUUUUGACUGUUCGAGCAAUUUGGGUGGAAGGUAGUGCUAUCAAAUUGCUGCAACACUGAAAACGAGCAGCGAACAAAAGACCGCGACAAAGCCUCUGCUUUGUGACUCGAUAAUUAAUUCAGUUGAGAUAUAGUUUUUCCUAAACAUCACAGAAAUUGAUUGAAGUCACCGUCACGAUCGUUAGUAUCUUCAGUCAUACCUGUAUUUGUAUCAGAUUUAAAACCUGCUUUUGUGAAAAUGAAGGUAUUUGCUGUUGCAAAAUAUUCUCCUAACAAUUUUAUGACCUCAUGGU